AUUACCAGACUUGGAUCUUUCUGCCUGUCUAAUUCAUUUUCCAGGACUGUUGCCUACAUGCUCAGCAACUUUGACUUGUUUCUACCUCAGGGCCUUUGCCCUUCCUGUUCCUUUUGCCUAAAAUGCCCUCUCCCUCAUUUCUCCUCAUCCUUCACAUCUGAACUUGAAGUCCAUUUCUUCAGAGAACCCUCGAAGUCCUGGCCCGUGGUCGUGCAGUCCAGGUGGCUGGAUGGCAUGCUGGACCCAAGCUCAGCUCAGCGUCCGGGCCCAAUAACGGCUUUUCCAAGGAAGCAGCUUUCAGUCCUGGCCACACUGAGGUGCAGAGCGUAAUGUCCAUGUUGUCCUAUACUCUGAUCACAGCUCUUUUGAUCGGCGCCCAGGCAGACCCACAGGCAGAGAGCAAUGUCCCCACAGGGCACACGGUCCCCCAAGCCCACUGGACGAGCCUCCAACACUCCUUGGACACUGCCCUCCGCAGAGCCCGCAGCACCCCAGCCCAGGCGAUAGCUGCCAGAGUGGCAGGGCAGACACGCAACAUCACAGUGGACCCCAAACUUUUUAAGAAGCGGCGACUGCGUUCGCCUCGUGUGCUGUUCAGCACCCAGCCCCCGCCUGUCACUGCAGACGCCCAGCAUCCUGACUUUGAGGCUGUUGGUGCGGCCUCCUUCAACAGGACUCACAGGAGCAAGCGAUCCACGUCCCACCCCAUCUUCCACAGAGGGGAGUUCUCCGUGUGCGACAGCAUCAGCGUGUGGGUGGGGGACAAGACCACCGCUACGGACAUCAAGGGCAAGGAGGUGAUGGUGUUGGGAGAGGUGAACAUCAACAACAGUGUGUUCAAACAGUACUUUUUUGAGACCAAGUGCCGGGACCCCACCCCUGUGGACAGCGGGUGCCGGGGCAUUGACGCCAAGCACUGGAACUCGUAUUGCACCACCACACACACUUUCGUCAAGGCGCUGACCAUGGACGACAAGCAGGCCGCCUGGCGGUUUAUCCGGAUAGACACGGCCUGUGUGUGUGUGCUCAGCAGGAAGACUGGGAGGCGAGCCUGACCGCGCCCCAGCCCCCAACCAUCCCCAGCUCCCUCCACACUCUUCUGGGCCCCUCCCUACCUCAACCUGUAAAUUAUUUUAAGUUAUAAGGACUGCAUGGUAAUUUAUAGUUUAUACGAUUUUUUAAAAAAUCAUUAUUUAUUAAAUUUUUGGAAGCA